AUGUCGACAACAACGACCUCGAUCGCAACCACCAGCGAAGCUCGUGGGACCACUCUCCGGGCUGCGUCACCAUCUGCCCCAGCCAAACUACCAUUUUCCCUCGACAUCUAUCCAAAGCUAGACUAUAAACAAGCCGGUCACUUGCGCCACUUCCACAAUCUUGUCACCCAGGCUGACGGGGAAUGGAACCACAUGGGGCCGCUCGAUGGCUCGGGAGAAUGGGAAGACGCUUACCGAUACCAGCUCGCAACCAUGUGCUACGCGGCCUCUGUUGCGCAUUAUCACCGUCUACCACUUCUGCGCUCUGUCUUCCGCACUCUCGUCCGCCAGAUGAUUCACAAGAUGCUGCACAAAUCUGUGUGGGGCUACUGGUUUCUGACUUCACACAGUGGUAAGAAGCUCGACCCUUCGCUCACGGAACUUCGCAAGCCGUGGGCCGAUCCGGUCAAAGAGGAGAACAUCAUGUACUCGGGCCACUUGCUGCUGAUGACAAGUCUGUACGCCAUGCUGUUUGAUGACGACGAAUUCGUUGAAGACAAGAGUAUCCGCUUUAUAUGGGAUCCGUUGUUCUGGGGAAUGGGCACCGAGACGUUUGAGUACAGUAAUCGAAGUCUGCAGCAAGUCAUCUUGGCGCAGAUGGAGAAGAACGAAUGGGUGGGAGUCUGCUGCGAGCCGAAUGCCGUGUUCGUGGUUUGCAACCAAUUUCCGAUCAUUGCGAUGCGGUACAAUGACAUUCGUGACGGGACGAAUGAGGUCGAAAAAGUGCUCGAGAGAUACACUGCUGCACUCGAAAAGAAGGGCAUGCUUCAAAAUGAUGGUCUGUGGUCGGCAGCGUUUCUCGUGAAGCAGAGGGUUGCUGCCCCAACCAAGCAAGGAACACACACGGCUUGGAACAACGCAUUCAUGAACGCAUGGAACUCCUCAUUCGUUCGCCAGAACUGGGAACGCCAGUCCACUGGACAUCUAGUCCGAGCCAAUGGCAGAACCGUGCUGCAAGCCACGAACGUCGCCGCUGCGUAUCGUAGUAUCGUGGCUGAAAACGGUGGUGUGCCGGAGGACACCUCUGCUGCCUUAGUGAAGGCCAAGGAGCUGUCGACGCAAGAUGCCUAUCGUCAUCCAUUCCCGUUCCAGUCUGCUUCAAGAGGUCUUUUCAUGAUGAUGUUAUCUGAGCUUGGACGCAGAGAGGAAUUGAAUGAUCUGCUGGACUUCGCCGACCAGAAGUUGAGUCCCAAGUGGGAGCGAGGUGGUCUCUUCUAUCCGCGGAAAGAUGACUUCUUUGAUUCGGCUGGGGAUUAUGUGCAUGUUGAGCCACACUCUGGAAACAGUGCAAUUGGCUAUGCGAGACUCAAUGUCGAGGACGGGCAGAAGAUUAUGUGGGAGCAUCCAUGGACGAAGGAAGGAUUGAACAGCAGACCAUGGGUAGAGGGAUGCUCCCUGGGUGACGAUGUUGACUUUCUUCGAGGAGUGUGGGAUACAGAGCGGCGAGCGGCAAUCGUGACGCUCAAGUCGUGGGAGGGGGAUUUCGAGAAGCCAAAGGAUGUGCGGAUUGUUGUCAGGGGGUUGCCGAUGGCUGAGUGGGCGAUAUAUGUGAAUGGGGAUCUUCAGCAUACGACAGACGUGGACUCGAACGGCACAUUGGAGGUCAAAGUAGCUGUGGCGCCGUCAGAAGAGGUCGAUGUGGUUGUGUGCGAGGCUUGA